CUAGAACUAGAAGUCACGAGCACAUGAUCGAGUUUCGACAAAAUUUUUACUUUGCCUCCAAAAUUAUUUUGUUCAUUUUCCGUUCGCCGCCGGAGGGCGACAAAACCCAAUUUCACAGAGCGACCUCAACUCGUUUCUCUUCGCGCCAAGCAAGUCUCGUCUCGCGUCGACCAGUUGCGAUGGACAAGGUAGUGGCGGAGGAAGAAGAGGAGCGACAGUUGCUAUGGCGAUCGAGCUCCGAAUCGAUGGUCUCCCUCACUCUCGGCAGAGUUUUGACCUCUCUCCUCUCUGCUCGCCCCAAGAAGCUCCGGGACGCCGCCUCUCGCUUCUCUCCCGAGCUCCGAUCGUUUCCGACCGGUUCUCUCGACGAGUCGCUGUUGUUUCUGUACAAGUUCGUUAAGGACUCAGCUGAGAGAAAGGAGCGGUUGGAUCAGAUUCUCGUUCCGAUGUUCGAACACUCACUGAGGAGCAGAGAAUCAAGACACUGUGGCCAAAUCUUGAUACUUCUUGACUGGCUUGUUCAAGAUGAGUUCCUUUUCCAAUAUUUCAUAGAGAGUCUUGCGGACAUUAUCUCUAGAAAAGAAGAUCGUUAUGUAUCACUGGGCUGGUGUACCCUAGUACGAGGUCUUUUGGAAUGUGAGAGUGCAAUCAACCAAUAUUUACUGGAUGGAUUAAGGAGGAAGUACUAUGUGAUUCUGGAGAUGCUUUGCCCAUGUAUUUCUCAUCUUUCUUCCAUAAUACGCAAAGGAAGCUCCUUGCAAGAUGGAUAUGAGUUACCUUCUCGUCUUUCUAUUUCCGCUGCCGAUUGUUUUCUAGCUCUCACUGAAGCAUUGACAAGAAAAGAUGAGAUUGUGAGCAACCAGAAAAGUUAUGUAGAUUUGGAUGUAUCCUCGUGCUCGUCUGCAGCUGCUGCUGAUGAGGGAACUGUAGGAAUCCCAAAAAUGGAACUGGAACCAAAGAAUUUGCUUUCCUAUCACCUAGAGGAACUCGUCAAUGUGGUGCAGCUGCUCUUUGCCUGGAGCAGAAAGAGCCGGUCUUUACACUCUAGAGGGCUGGAAGGAGUUCUCAAAUGGUUACUGGAUAUUAAGAAGCACUCUGGUUGCUCCCAAAAUGAGGCAGACUUAAAUAUAAUGAAGACUCAAGAACUACUACUCUCUUCAUGUUGGAAGCAUUACAGCAAGUUAUUGCAUUUGGAAGAUCACAGGUUCUCUCAGCAUCAUAAAGCAUGGUUGGAACAAUACUUAUCUGGCAUUCAGUCCUGUGCAGAGAGAUGUUCGUACAGGCAUGAAGAGUAUGAUGAGGGUAGGGCUGAGACCAGAAAGUUCUUCCUGAAUUGCUUAUGUCUUCUCCUGGGUCGUCUUGUUGGCAAGAGGUUUGAAACUACCGUGUUGGAAUAUGGAUCACAGAUAUUCCAGGUUCUUUUACCUCAGCUAAACUGUGCAGAUGAAGAAGUGAUACAUGGGAUUGUCUGCAUAUUCAAGGAAACCAUUUUCAAGUUGAGCUGUUCUAAUGAAAGCAGUCUUGUAGAAAAAGAACAGUUCGAUGCGUUGCUCCCUUUGCUGCUUCAGCUUUUGGAUGAGAGGGAUGGAACAGCUAGAGCUGCUGUUACGCUCAUUGCAGAAUACUGUUCCAUAAACUCAGAGAAUCACUGUGUCAAAGAAGUUAUAGAUCGACUUGCUUGUGGAAACACUAUGCAGAGAAGAAAUGCCAUUGAUGUCAUAUGCGAACUGAUAAGUAUAUCAUCAAAGACGGCUAGUGGACUUCCUCAUUUGAAGUGGGAAGAUAUAGCAAACGGAUUGCUGAGAUGCCUUAGUGAUGGAGAUUGUAAAAUUCGUGAACUGGCAUCUGAUUCACUUUCUAACAUGGAACCUGCAAUAGUGUUGCCUAGAUUGGUUCGUAUCCUUUAUACUUCAGACAGAACAUUGCAGUCAUCUGCAAGGAAAGCAUUUAUUGGGAUGCUGAGAUCUCAUAAACAGAAAUGUGAAGUGAUAUUUAUGCUGCUUGACUGCCUUAGCAACCUCAAUAGUAGCUUGGAAAUUACUAAAACUACCGGAGAGAAACUUGGAGAAUCAAAUUUGGAAGCUGAUCAAGUACUCAGGCUGACUCCAGAGUGGUCUGACAGUGUUGAAGACUGGAAAACUUUGGUUGGAUCCCUGAUCGACAAGAUGUUUAGUGAGCCAUCAAAUGCAGUUCUUGUGCGGUUUUUGAGUUACAUAAGCGAACAUCUGGCAGAUGCCAAAGAUAUGGUGCUACAUCACAUCCUGUUAUGCAUGCAAGGACAGAAAGAGGUUGACAAAAGCCUGCUUGCUCUGAGGGAUACCAGCAAUUCUGCAAGUUAUGAUGCGGAGAGAAUGCAGAAAUCACUGUUUGAGCGCCUUAGCCCUCUACUCAUUCUUAGAAUUCUGCCUUUGAGAGUAUUUGACGACCUCAAUUCAUCUAUUUUGUAUGGUCAACUUCUCAACCAAGACAGUGUGCAUGCAAAUGCAGGUGCUGGCAUCAUUGAUGAUGGCUGUGUUGCUGCUCUCCUUCUGAAGAGGGCAUUUUCCAAUAUUGAAUUCGAAGAUGUUCGGAAACUUGCAGCUGAACUCUGUGGUCGUUUGUAUCCUCUGGUGCUUUUACCAAUUAUUCGCUUCCAUCUGGAAGAUGCUGCAUGUCAUCAGGACAUUCUAAAGAUAAAGGCUUGUUUGUUUUCAGUCUGCACCUCUCUUGUGGUUAGGGGCAGAGAUCCUUCAUUUGAUCCGGUGAUGCUCGAGAUCAUAAAAUUUCUUGAAGAGGUUCUACGUUGGCCUUCGCUCGAUGGUGAUGAUGUUUCAAAAGCACAGCAUGGAUGCAUUGAUUGUUUAGCGCUUAUGAUUUGUGGUGAGCUACAAUCCCCAGAAUCUUUCAGUGAUUUUGACUUGAGGAAAAUCACCUUUUCUAGGGGGAAAGGGAAAACUGUCUCUUGCUCUGUUCUCAGUCAUGUAAUCUGUCAAUUGAUAGCCAAUGAAGUUGAAUCCACUUCUGGUUUUAGCAAUGAGCCCCCAGUCCUUCCAUUCCGAUUAUGCAUGGCUAAUGUUCUUAUCAGUGUGUGCCAGAAGACAGCAGAAGGUGGCAAGAAAUCUUUUUCUCAAAAAGCUAUCCCAGUUCUCAUUCAUAGUAUUGAGGCGAUACGGGAUGCUGAGAUUAGAGCUGCAUGUAUUCAGGUUCUAUUUUCAGCAGUCUACCAUUUAAAAUCUGCUGUGCUUCCUUACUCAUCUGAUCUUCUCAAGCUAUCUCUAAAAUAUCUUGAAGAAGGGACAGAAAAGGAAAGAAUGGCUGCUGCAAAACUAGUGGCAUCUCUUAUGGCUAGUGAAGAUGCGAUUUUGGUUAGCAUAUCAGGUGGACUAGUGGAAGCAAGAUCUGUACUUUUAACUCUAUCAAGAAGUGAUCCUUCAAAAGUCGUUCGAGAAACAUGCAAAAAACUGGUAGUGUGCAUAUCGUCCUCUUGAA